CUCAGUUAGUGUUGGUACUGCGACCGCGUCGCUAGGGUGUUUCGCGUUGCCGUACUGGCAAACUCCUCAUAACAGUGUCUACUUUCUAACAUGGCAGAUCAAUUUGUGUUGUAUUAUCAUGUGACGAGGAAAAGCUCUCGUUUAUAAGACGGUUUCUGUGUAAACUAUCGUAGAUUUUCCUCGCGAGGAAAACGUGUUGUCAGCUUAAAUAACCGUCGCAAUGGCGGACAUGAAAAGUCCACCGUUCAGUGACAUUAAACGGCCCGAGGAGGUGGUGGCGAUGGCGAUGAACGACAGCCUGAAAUUCGCCGUGCUGAUCGGGCUGAUCGAAGUGGGACAGGUGUCGAAUCGGGAAGUUGUCAACACCGUGCUUCAUUUGGUAAGUUGACAGAAUCCAAAGUUUUAUUCGGAAAUUACUUGUUCCAAUAAGGUAAGUAUAAUGUGUAAAGUUUUGAUUAAGUUUACAAAGACAUUAUACAUGAAUCUUAAUAGAGUAUAAAUUAUGAUUAUUUAUAUGUGCAAAGAUUGUUGAGAAAUUGAGAUUUUUGAUACGAAAAUUAUCAUUGCAAAAUGGAAAAUG